AUGCUACUCUCAAUUUCAAGUCUCCUCGCGUUGUUGCUCCCUACAGUCCUCGGGGCCAUAUACGAAAGCGCUUCAGAGCUACCAAGCCAUAACUUUGAUUUCAUCGUAGUUGGAGGGGGGACAGCAGGAAAUGUCAUUGCCAACCGCCUAACUGAGAAUCCGCGCUUUUCCGUUCUGGUCCUGGAGGCAGGCCCGUCGAAUAUAGGUGCACUGAACUCUGAUGUGCCGGGCUUGGAGACCAAUAACCUUCCAUUACCUAACCCGCAUAACUGGAACUUCAGUACUGUACCGCAAGCAGGCUUAAAUGGCCACACAGUGAACUACAUCAGGGGGUUUAUCCUUGGAGGGUCGAGUGCAGUUAAUGCAAUGUACUACACCAGAGGUCCUGCAGACGACUUCGACAAAUACGCGAAUCUUACGGGCGACCAAGGCUGGUCAUGGAAUAGCCUUCAGACAUAUAUCCAAAAGAACGAACGGUGGCUCGAGCCCACGGACCCUCUGACAGCCAAAGACCGGUUCGACUCGCGCUUUCACAGUUCCACUGGAAUGAACUUCGUCAGCCUGAACAAAUUUGUCCAUACCACUGACAGCCGCAUGAUUCAAACUACGAAAGACUUUCCCGAGGAUUUCCCAUUUAACUUGGACUAUAAUUCGGGUAAUCCUCUCGGUGUCGGGUGGCUGCAGGCUACGAUUGGGAACGGGGUGCGAAGUAGCUCAGCGACUUCUUAUCUAGCUCCAGAGUAUACGGCGAGGAAGAAUUUGCAUGUCCUUGUCCAUGCUCAUGUCAUCCGGAUUCGCGAGGGGAUUAGUAGGUCCAAGAGAUUUAGUACCGUUGAGUUUAUGUCACAGUCAGGUGAUGGACCGACCGUUAGAGUCACUGCAUCAAAAGAGAUCGUUCUGUCUGCUGGGGCGUUCGGGACACCACAACUUCUCAUGCUCUCUGGUAUUGGUGACACACAGGAACUCCGAGCACUUGGCAUAGACACCGUGCACCACCUCCCAAGCGUAGGCAAGAACAUGUCAGACCACCCGAAGCUAGGUAGUUUAUGGUCCGUCAACUCGACAUUGACCGACGAAGAAUUCUUCCGCAAUGAAACAUUGUUCCAAGAAGUCUAUGAACAAUGGAAUCGCAGUCGUUCCGGAUUACUUGCUGAUGCAGGCGCAACCCAUCUGGGAUUCUUCCGGCUACCGAGCAAUUCAUCCAUAUUCUCUUCAGUCGAAGAUCCAGCAUCAGGUCCAACUGCUCCCCAUACCGAGAUGGUGUUCAUGGAUGGAGUUCGCCCACCAUUAGCUUCGGGGAACUUUUUCAGUAUCGGGACUGCCGUCGUCUCACCGACUAGCCGAGGCUGGCUGAGACUCAAAUCAGCCAACCCAUUCGAUCCUCCGCUCAUCAACCCCGCGUUUCUAGACACUGAAUUCGACGUCUUCGCCAUGCGCUCCGCAGUGAAAUUGGCGAAGCGAAUCCUGGCGUCCCCGGCUUGGGCUGGGUGGAUUAUUGGGCCUGCUGGUGCUCUGGCCGACGCAAAUACAGACGAAGAACUUGAUGAGUACGCAAGGAAUAACACUGGAACGACGUGCCACGCUGUCGGUACUGCGGCUAUGUCUGCAGUUGAUGCUUCGUUUGGUGUUGUAAACCCUGAUCUACGGGUCAAAGGAGUCGAUGGGCUUCGUAUCGUUGAUGCCUCCAUCUUCCCAUUUGUCCCCGGAGCACAUACUCAAGCCCCCACAUAUAUAAUAGCAGAGCGGGCGGCUGAUAUGAUCAAAGAAAUUUGGGCAUGA